UCCUUUUGAUUUGAUAUUUGUUAAGCACAGAAGAAAGAAUGUUUAUACAUAGCAGCAAAAUAAUCAGUUAGACAGUGACGUUUGUUUUCCAAAUUUAAGAUACAGUUUAUAAUUAAAUUAAAAUAAUUAUUUUGAAUGUCAUGUUGAAUAACAUCCACUUACUCUGGCCUUUGUCAAAACCAGUACAAGUUAUUCGACAUGACCUCGGGUCCUCUGAAAAAGAAAACUUACAUGGGACAGCAUCAGAUAAAAAAGAAAAUGAGCAAUGAUGAACCCCCAGAUGGAGAUGGACUGUUGCAAAAUACCUGGAAUCGGUCAAAUAAAACUGUCAAAUCCCAGAACGUUAGCAGAAAUAGCCAAAUGCCCACAGACGGGGGACCCCACAAGGCCUGUAGUUCAAAGGAGAAGGAUUGUAAGAGACCAGGAUGGAGUGCAGAAUGCAGAGACCUUGCUCAGAAACUUCUCUUCAGUGAAGACUCUGGGGAAAUGGAUCAUCUUCAGAUGGAUAAAGAAAACAGCCAUUCAAAACCUUCCACUUGUGUCAACCUUCUGUCUUAUCAAGAAACAGAAAACAGUCAGAAAGCUGUCAGCUCAAGCAAACAGACACUCGGAAGAAAGGACUCUUCUCCUAGAAAUGACAAACAUGGGUCAAAUAAGAAUACUGACCCACUUCUGGAUGUUUCCAGAGACUAUAUCUUGUUCAGUCCCACCCGUCUUGCAGCAGCUAUGAAAAAGGCCAAACUCCAGCAAAUAUUACAGAAUCAAUCCACCUCUGUGCUCACUGUCCCUAGUGGACUGGAGCUCAGCACUGUCAGUGACACCCUACCACACCCAGUCAUGGCCUUAUGUGCUCCUGUGGAUAAAGCUGAAAAGCUCUUUUUAUCCAACUGGGGUUUACCAAAGCCUGUUCUGGAGCGCUAUCAGAAACAUGGAGUGACUCAAAUGUUUGAGUGGCAGGCUCAGUGCCUCACUGUUGGACAGGUGCUGCAGGGAGGUAACCUGGUGUACUCGGCACCUACUAGUGCCGGCAAAACCCUAGUGUCAGAGCUGCUGAUGCUGAAGCGUGUUCUGGAGACCAGGAGAAAAGCUCUCUUCAUUUUGCCCUUUGUUUCUGUGGCCAAAGAGAAGAUGCACUACCUCCAGAGCAUAUUUGAAGAGGCAGGAGUUCGAGUGGAGGGGUACAUGGGCAGCACGUCGGCUGCUGGAGGAUUCACAAAGCUGGAUGUGGCUGUUUGCACCAUAGAAAAAGCCAAUUCUCUCAUUAAUAGACUCAUUGAAGAAAAUAGCAUGAGUCUCCUAGGUGUGGUGGUAGUAGAUGAGUUGCAUAUGGUUGGAGAUUCUGGGAGGGGAUACCUGCUGGAAUUGCUGCUAACCAAAAUCCUCUAUAUCGCACAGAAACAAAACACCACAGGGUCUCUUUCUGAGCGUAUACAGAUAAUUGGUAUGAGUGCCACUUUGCCAAACCUCUCACUCCUGGCUGGCUGGUUGGAUGCAGAGCUUUACCAGUCAGAUUACAGACCUGUACCUUUGCAGGAGCAUCUUAAAGUGGGCUGUAACAUCUAUGACAAGAGCCUCUCUGUGGUCCAGCAGUUUACCCCUGCUCUCCAUAUCAAGGGUGAUGAUGACCACAUUGUGAGCUUGUGUUAUGAGACAGUCAGAGAGGGCCACUCUGUGCUGCUGUUCUGCCCUUCCAAGAACUGGUGUGAGAAACUGGCAGAUACAGUCGCUAGAGAGUUUUAUAAACUCAGACAUACUGAUCGUCAGAGUGAGGCUGGGCCUCAGCCGGCGUGUCUGGAUCAGGAGGGACUAGAGGAUGUAAUAGCCCAGUUAAGACAAACUCCAGCCGGUUUAGAUCCCAUUCUGCAGCGCACUGUGCCAUGGGGGGUGGCAUUCCACCAUGCUGGUUUGACUUUUGAUGAGCGUGACGUGUUGGAGGGAGCUUUUCGUCAGGGCUUGGUAAGAGUCCUGGCUGCUACCUCUACUCUCUCUUCAGGGGUUAAUCUUCCAGCUCGCAGAGUCAUCAUUCGAACCCCAACUUUCAAUGGACGCCUGCUGGACCCGCUCACAUACAAACAAAUGGCUGGACGAGCAGGAAGAAAAGGAGUGGACACUACAGGAGAAAGUGUGCUGGUAUGUAAGCAAUCAGAGCGCCAAAGAGGUAUUAGUCUCCUUCAGGGGGCUCUUCAGCCCAUCAGCAGCUGCCUGGUGAGAAGGGAAGGCGAAGGUGUCACCACUAGCAUGCUCCGAGCCAUCCUGGAGAUAAUUGUUGGAGGUGUGGCCAGCACUCCACAGGAUGUACGGCUGUAUGCUUCCUGUUCACUUCUAGCCGCCAGCAUGAAAUGCGACAGCAAGAAAGAAGCUGAUGAAGAGACAAACAGAGGAGCUAUUGAGGCCUGUGUUGAAUGGCUGAUGGAGAAUGAAUUCAUUAGUAUUCAGAAGGACGGAUCAGGUGAUUUGACAGAUGAGCGGUACUGUCCAACCCAACUCGGCUCUGCCACCCUUUCUUCCUCCCUCUCUCCUCCAGAGGCUCUAGGAAUAUUUGCAGAUCUCCAGCGGGCCAUGAAAGGAUUUGUACUAGAAAAUGAUUUGCACCUUCUUUAUCUGAUCACCCCGUUAUAUGCAGAAUGGACUACCAUAGACUGGUAUCAGUUCUUCUGUUUGUGGGAGCAGCUGCCUUCAUCGAUGAAGAGGGUGGCAGAGCUGGUUGGUGUCCAGGAAGGCUUUCUCGCACGAUCUGUCAGUGGCAAACUUGUUGCCAAGACAGAGAAGCAGAGUAGACAGAUGGCCAUUCAUAAACGGUUUUUUACCACUCUUGUUCUCCAGGAUCUGGUGAAUGAGGUACCUCUGGGAACUGUUGCAUCUAAAUUCAACUGCAAUCGCGGACAGCUACAGUCCCUCCAGCAGUCUGCUUCCACAUAUGCAGGUAUGGUAAUGGUAUUCUGCAAGCGUCUAGGCUGGCACAACAUGGAGCUGCUCUUGUCUCAGUACCAGACCAGGCUGAGCUUUGGAGUCCAGAGGGAACUUGUUGACCUGGUCAGAGUUUCCCUUCUGAACGCAACACGAGCCAGAGCGCUCUACGCCCAAGGUCUCUGCACCAUUGCUGAACUAGCCAGAGCUACUGUAGCUGAUGUAGAGAAAGCUCUGCGGAAUGCAAUCCCAUUUAAGAGCUCUAAGCGUGCUGUUGAUGAAAGUGAGAUGGAGGCAGCGGAAAGACGACGACUUCGCUGCGUGUGGGUCAGCGGUGGACGGGCUCUGACAGAAGAAGAAGCAGCUGUUGAGAUUGUGUCUGAGGCAAGGCUCCUUCUUCAAGAAGACCUGGCUCAGUUAGGAGUUCGAUGGGAUCCAGCAGCACUUCCACCAGAGUCUCCUUCUGUCUCCAUCUCUGACAAUCAUUGCAAUAAGGACUCAGACACUUCAUCUACUUCUGAUUUCAGCCCACAUGAAAUGCCAACAGACAGCACUAAACGUCAUGAAAAGAGUGGAGUCACAACAAACCAUAGAGAGGCGGGUGAGAAAGAUGUUAAAAGCAAGAAGAGGAUGGUUGAAGGACGUGAUGGGCAAAAAGGAGGAGCCAGAAAUGUUGACAUUAUUGAACCAACAGUCAGUGAGGUGUCCAUAGAAAGAACCAAAGAAAGAAUAAAUAAAUCGGUGCAAAGCAGGAGAGAAAAUUCAGGAUACCAAGAGAACAAAGAGUUACGACAAAAAGAAGAGACAGAAGAAGGAGAGCCAAGUAAAAGAAGUGUUUUAAUUAGACAAGAGAAUCAUCAGUUAAAUCACCCUGCUGUUGAAACGAGCCUAACACAGGAGUUGGCUGAGAUUAUAUCCAGCCCCCUCCCUCAGUUGGUGCCACAACCUCGACCCUCACCUCCUCCAGCGUCACCCCCACGCUUUAGAGCCCCGAGGUCCCGACUAGAACAACAACAAACUAUGUCCACAAGCACAGUAAAAGGAGAAUGUCUCACAAGCCUCACUAUAUCACCUUUGCAGCCUGGUAGAAUAAAGCACUCAAGAGCCCUAAGCAAAGUUCUCCAAUCCAUACAAACUGACAAAAGCCUGCAAGAACAGUCUGCUGAGACAUUAAACUCAAAACCCACAGUGUUUUCAUCUGUUCAAAAUUCAGCACCAAUAGGUCAGAUGCAUACUGCUGCUCCUCAUCCUGGCCCUGUGCAAGAAAACACUUGUGUUGUUCCUGCACCUUCACGUGCAGAUAUGUUUGACUCUCCCCCCUCUGUCCCUCCUGUCUCUAUUCACGUACUCUCUCCUGAGGCCAAGAGGAGGAGGAUUGAUGCCAGAGAGGUAGAGAAGUUUUCAUCGCCUGAGCUGUAUGUAGGUGAUAAAACAGAUGAAGAAACUGAAGGACAAGCUAACAUGGGAGAAGAAAGCUUUGGUGACAGCUUUGAAUUGGACACUCAGACUGAAAGAAUGAUUGUUCAGCAGAAGUACAGAUGCACAGAUCAGAGUGAUGGAUGUACAGAUCAGUUGGUAGAAAUGCAAGAAGUAAGAGACGAGGAAAGGGUAGAAACAGCUGCCGAGCAAGAGGGGAUCCCAGAUGAGAGAAGAAAUGAUUUUGAAGGCUCUGGCAUUGCAUCUCCAAGAUUUAAUAUUUCUGUCACAGAUAGCCAGAUGGAGCUCAUCCUUAAUGCCAGCCACCAGAUGUCACCUGGUCCAGUUGGUAGUGACAGCGUGGACAAAGGUAAAGAUGAAGAUGAUUAUGAGCUUCCUGAUGCUAAUCAAGCAGCUCCAGAGAGUCCUAACAGAAGCAGCAGCUUCCUGUUUGACAGCAUGUAUGACAGCCCGCUGUUGGCAGCUCCAAAUAUGCACCAGCUGCCUGAUCAAUCAGAUGAAGACGAAUCUGUUAGCCAGAAAGUAAGAGCUGAGUCUCCUCUUCCAUCAACCCAACACAGACGACGCAGUGAGCUUCUUGCCAACCAGGAAGCUGAAGAGCAAGAGGCAGUCCAGUGGGGCGAGUCCUUCUUUAACUUGUCAGAGUGGGGUGACUCACUGUUGGUAGGUGAACACUUUCUGGAGAGGCAGAGUUUGUUGAGACACACAGAGAGGACUGAAAGGGAGGAAGAGAUGCAGCAGCUAAACAAAGACCAUAAUCUGUGUGAAGAACUGCUGCUAGAUUCACAGUCUGGACCCUGUCCAAAACUACUUAAUACCACUACAAGGAAUGAGUAUGAUAAGGAGAAAGCUGAUAGUAAUCAAGUCCAUACUAAACAAGUUAAACCAUUUAUUAAUGAACAGGUUGAUCCAGGUGAAAAUCAUGGAAGGGUUUAUGAAGACAGUGAAAUUGCAAAGCAGAUAAAGAAGAAAACAAAUAAAGAGACAGAAGGGGAAGAAGAAAUUGAGAUUUUAGUUUCAGACAUUGCAGUUUUUAAAAAUCCACAUAUCCAAAAUGCUCCUGAAAGUGCUCUUCAUUGCAGUCCAGGCUUACAAGAGAUCUUUGACCGUUGGCCUAGUAUGUCAGACCAACCAGGCCCCUCAUCUUAUGAAACACAAGCUGCUUCUACAAGGACAGCCGAUUGUCCAGUGUUACCACAACCAGUGAUACAACUGGGAAGAAAAAGAAGAAAGUCACAAGAGUGUGAUGCUUCAAAGAAUGACUCUCAAAUGGGACAAAUCUCAAAUCAAGACAGCAAGAAUUUAACAGAGAGACCAGGCUCUGCUGGUGACCUCAUUCCUCCAACUCAAGAAAACCCUCCUGUAACACCAAGAGUCAAACUGACCACCUCAUCUGUCCAGUCACCUGUUGCCAUUCAGCCACUUAAACAAUCUACUCCCUCAAACCCUUUUCAAGAGAAAUGGACGACCACAGAAUGUCCCACAUCGCACACAGGACACCAUGAUCAUCUGCCAGCAGCUGUUUCUGCAUCUGACAGUAAAAAGGAGGAAACUAGGUUAACGAAAAUGGAACUGAAGUCUGCUCCACAGUCAAGUUCAAAAACCAAACCUAGCCAGAACCUCGUCUUUCCUGCAGCAUGUUCUUCUCCUCCCUCCCUGCAACCAAGGCCUCCCUCUGACACAGAGUCGCUGGGGGCGCUUGAAAGCUUUACUCUUCAGUUGUCCCAGGAUGCAUCACUCUGUUCCAGCAACUCCGGGGCAUUCUCCAUCAUAGAUGUAGCAAGUGAUAAGUGCCUGUUUGACACGUUCAUUAAAGAAUGGAAAACACAGAAGAGGUUCUCUCUAGCUUUGGCCUGCAAGAGGACAGAGCACAGACAGCAGCCUGAGGAGGAAAUAGGGUGGAAACACAAGAGAGCAGCUCAUCAGAAGUCUAACAUGGCCGACGGGUUUCCUGUAAGAGACGAUGAAGGGCUUGUUUUGAUUGGACUAUCUGUCUGCUGGGGAGCCAGAGAUGCAUAUUAUAUAUCUCUACAGCAGGAGCAGAGCAAAGGUCUGAGCGCAAGUCUGGCUCCUCCUCCACUGGAUGAGGAUUUGUCAGUAAGUGAAAGGCUGGAACAGGUGAGGGUUUGUCUGAGCGGACAAUCAGCUGGAAAUGAGGUGCAUGUGGUGGUCGCAUAUGACAUCAUCAGGAUGUACAAGACGCUUGUACGAAGCUGCAACAUCAGCUUGGAGAGAAAUUGUGAAGAUCCAAAGGUUGCAUGUUGGCUGCUGGACCCUGGCAGUGAGGAGAGGACUCUCCCCAACAUGGUGACUGUCUACUGUCCUGAAGAAUUACCUCUGCUGGAUGGAUUUGGGAACGAGCAUUCGCACUGUCCUCGUGUCAGAGCAGCGACCAAGAGUGUGCUCACACACGCUGCCAUGAACCAUCUCACUGGUCUGCUGGAGGAAGACGGCACACUCGAUUUUUUCAGGAGAAUAGAGAUGCCUUCUCAGGUUUGUCUGGCCCUGCUAGAACUGAAUGGAGUUGGCUUCAGUGUUGAAGAGUGUGAAAGACAAAAACAUGUGAUGCAGGCCAAACUCUCAGCGCUGGAGUCUGAAGCUUACAGCCUGGCUGGACACAGCUUCUCCCUCACCAGCGUUGAUGACAUAGCACAGGUGCUGUUCUUGGAGCUCCACCUUCCUCCAAAUGGUGAUGUAGGUGGAGCAAGAAGUAAGAAAACCUUGGGCUACACCAGGAGAGGUGGUGGCAGAAUACGACUCGGAAAGCAAUUCAGCACUACCAAGGAUAUUCUGGAGAAGCUUCGUCCCCUUCACCCAUUGCCAGGUGUAAUUCUGGAGUGGAGGCGGAUCACCAACGCCUUGACCAAAGUGGUGUUCCCUCUGCAGAGGGAGAGGCAGUAUCACCCUAUCCUGGAGAUGGACAGGAUAUACCCCAUCGCCCAGACCUACACGGCCACAGGUAGAGUAAGCUUCACUGAGCCCAAUAUACAAAAUGUCCCUAAAGACUUUGAGAUAUGCAUGCCCACAGCGGUAGGUGAGAGCCCACCUUCACACAACGGCUUCCACUUGACCACCAAAGCAGGAAAGAAGAGACACUCUGUGGUGCCAACAGUCACAUCUGGACCAUCAGAACCAGGCCCAGCCUUCUCUGUCAGCAUGCGACAUGCUUUCAUUCCUUUUUCAGGUGGGAUGAUACUGGCAGCGGAUUACUCCCAGCUGGAGUUGAGAGUGUUGGCUCAUCUCUCAAAGGAUCAACGCCUCCUGCAAGUGCUGAAUGGAGGAGCAGAUGUGUUUCGCUGCAUUGCUGCAGAGUGGAAAAGUGUGGACCCAGAGUCUGUGCAGGACAGCCUCAGACAACAGGCAAAACAGAUUUGCUAUGGCAUCAUUUACGGAAUGGGAGCAAAAUCUUUGGGUGAGCAAAUGGGAGUGGAGGAGAACGAUGCCGCCUGCUACAUCGAGAGUUUCAAAGCCCGAUACAGAGGGAUUAAUGCUUUUCUGAAACAGACCGUAAAGAACUGCAUGAAGGAUGGCUAUGUUCAGACACUGAUGGGGCGCAAGAGAUAUUUAGCUAGAAUCACCAGCACCAAUACACACAUCAAAGCUCAUGCGGAGCGCCAGGCAGUGAACACGACUGUACAGGGUUCAGCAGCCGACAUUGUUAAACUUGCUACCGUGAACAUUCAGAAACGCCUACGAAAAAUGUACCCUGCAGCGCAGCUGUCUCACCAGCACGCACACACAGCUCGUAAUCAGCCCAAAACUGGGAUGGCUCAGAUCAGGGGAGCCUACUUUGUUCUACAGCUGCACGAUGAGCUCAUCUACGAAACCACAGAACGGGAUCUCAUACAGGUUGCACAGAUAGUCAAGAGGGAGAUGGAGUCAGCAGUGAAACUCUACGUGAAGCUCAAAGCCAAAGUAAAAGUUGGACCCAGCUGGGGGAACCUGCAGGACCUUGACAUAUGAACUGAAUAUUUUAUAUUGAAGCCAUUUUUGACCACUGUUUUGUAAGAUAUGUAGAUACAAUCAUUUGCACAUUUUUAAUCGCUACAUUGACAGCAAUGAAAUGUAAAAUAAAUCCAGUUUAUACCACAACUAUUUUAUAUAUUUAUGUACAGAUUGUUACCAGUGAACAGAAUCGUUACAUGACAGUAUGAUCAUCUGUAAUACCUGAAGAGUUUGUACUCAUUGAGGUCAUGAUUUUUUUUUUAAACAAAGAUUCUGCCAUUUUAGUCUUGAAGAAAUCCUGAAAUCUCACAUUUUAUUGGACCACUGGGUGAGUUGGUUGUCACAAGAACAUACAUCAUCAUCAUCAUCUUCUCAUCAUUGUUUUACAUUUAUGAUUCACUGCACAAGAAGAGUUCUUUAUACAGUAGUCAUCUGCUUUAAGCAAAAUUCACCGCUUUCAUUACAGGUAGAGAAAUAAAUGACAACUGGGGAAGUA